UAACACUGGGCGUGGUGGAAAAACAAAAACGGCAAACUGGCCGUUUCUUCUUGUCGGGAGGAGAACACAAGCUAAAAGAGAUGGAUCCUUUGCUUGUAAGGGCCUCCCCAGUCCCUGACCCAAUGUAUAACACCACUCCUGACAGUCAUUACCUGGAACCCAUCAACUGUUACAAUGGAAAAGACAAGAAUCUGUGUAUUAGGAUUGGUGUCCUUAUAACAUUGGUUCUGAUUACAGCUGGUCUUGUUCUAGCAAGGAUAAUACAGUAUCACACUUACAAGAACAGGCACUAUGCUCAGUACUUCAUUCUUUACACUGGACUCAUUAUUGUGCUAAUUUUGUCAGCACAUACCAUUUAUUUUCCUCAAGUUCAGUGGGACUUCACCGCUAUCCUACUAGUGGCUAUACAACUGCUCUCCAUUUGGUUCUAUUACUUGUUCUGGGCUUUCAGAUUACUAAAGAAAGAAUACUUGUUUUUAUAUGGUGUCCUUCCUCUGCUGAUUGUUCUUAUUCUGUCAUUCAUUGGAGUGUUCCUAUGGGCCAGUAUCACUGCUUCAGAUAACUCUCAUGAAUGCACUAGACCCCAAUGGCUGAUAUUUUCAACAUCACAGCUACUCAUAGUCCAGCUCUUACUGGCUACUGUCAUUUAUAUUUGCUGUAAGUUGAAUCAUGUAAGGACGGUCCGUACCAACAGAUGGUCACAAAAAGCUCAACUUAUUUUUAUUGUCAUAGUGUAUGAGAUAGCAUCACUGUUCACCUUCUUUUAUGAUCUCUACUUAAUAUCAAGUCCUAAUAAAAAUUGUCUCACCGAUAUUUCCACUAAUGAAGGAGUAGUCAUAUUUCUUCAAGCUCUACUGACAAUAUUAAGGACUCUUGGUCCUCAAAUUGCUAUUGUAAUCAUAUUUGCUCCUUUAAAGCCAUACGAUGAGGAGAGAGAGACCCAGCUGGAGAGGAAUAUUUAUUACCCGAAUUACAGUUCAUACAGUGAGACACAGUCAACCCAAAAAAGCUCCGUUCCUUCAUAUCCUAUUCAGCCUCCUACAUCUAUCAAGCCCUCAUCUCCAGAGGAUCACUUUCCUUCUCUCCCUCGCUCUACACCAUACACUCCUUCUUCUGGUUACAACUUUUAUAACUUUCGGUCGUCAUCAACAGUAAAUUAAUAAAAAAACAGCAUUAUUAUUAUUAUUAUACAUAUAUAUAUAUAUAUUUAUUAUAUUGUUUAUUAUUGUUUUGUUAUUAUGUAUAUCGAGCUGUUGUUUUUUUCUUUCUCUGUUUGUAUAUUUCUGCUUUCAGCUUUGGUCCGUUUUUGUGACUUAAAAA